CUUCGCCACCUCCCUGCCUGCCCCUCCCCCAGCGCCCAACUCCCGCUUUCCUUUAUUUAUUUAUUUAUUUGUGUACAUAGGACGCCGGGCUGCAACCCAAGGCAACACGCAUGCGCAGUUUUCACGCGCCCUCCCCUCCUUUUUUCCUUCCCUUUUGCCCAAGGGAAAAGCGACGAGCGAAGCGCCCUUGGUUGUGCGCACGCUCUUGCGCAUGUCUGAACUCUCCACCGAGUUCCUCCCCGCCCCCCAACCACAGUUUCUAUGACGCCCGGGGGAGGACGCGCAAUAUUAAUAUUAGAGGCGGGUGGGACGACGGUGUGGAGAGAGGAGGAGCUUAUGUCGAAAGUGCGCGUGCGCAAAAGCCCACUCAGGUGUAAUUCGCGCUGCUCGCGAGGUUUGAUCCCGGCGCGAAUAGGAGGGAGAGAUCUCUUGGUUACUGUCAUUGUGCGGGUUGGCGGCGCGCGUGUUAGGAAUGCGCACGCGCCGUACGAGUAGGCGCGGGAGAAUUUGCCGCCUUACAAGAGAGGAGAGGAAAGAUGUCCUUGGCGCUAGUUCAAGGGGCGACGGGGCAGCCUGACGGCAGGUAAGGACUUAACGCAGGAGGGAGUGGCGAGGGCGGGGCUUUUGAAAUAGGCAACGCCCCCCUCGGCCUGUUGCUUUGCAAGCAACUAUUAUCACCCUCACUAUCAUCACCUUUCGUUUGCAUGCAGUGAUGUCACAGCAGUUUGACAAAUGGCACGCCUGCGUUCUGCUGCCUUGACAUGAUGGUCUUCUGUCUGAUUGAGGGCUAUGGCAAUACAGUGGUACCUCGGGUUACAUAUGCUUCAAGUUACAUACGCUUCAGGUUACAGACUCCGCUAACCCAGAAAUAGUGCUUCAGGUUAAGAACUUUGCUUCUGGAUGAGAACAGAAAUCGUGCUCAUGCGGCGCGGCGGCAGCAGGAGGCCCCAAUAGCUAAAGUGGUGCUUCAGGUUAAGAACAGUUUCAGGUUAAGAAUGGACCUCCAGAACUAAUUAAGUACUUAACCCGAGGUACCACUGUACUGCAAACCAGAAUAAAGCCAUUCUUAACUUGUGCCGUUCUUAGCCUCCUGCUUCUAUUGCCCCAUUGGUUCCCAUUCCCACUGCUUUGCUUGCUCCCACCAAAUGAGGAGGAACGGUGGGCUGCCUGCCUCUGAGGUGGCCUUCUCAGUGAUGGCACCCUAGCUAUAGAAAAUCCUCCCCAGGAAGGCUUGCCUGGCACCCUCUUCAUUUCCAGCACCAGUAGAGACCUCCUUAUUCACCCAGACCUUUUAGGCAAUUGGUGUUUGAAGCCCGAAAAAUAAAACCAGGGCUCUCUGUUGCUUACGUUGUACCUUAUUUUUCUACAUUUAGGUGCAAAAUUUAUUGCAUCUUACUCUGCCAGAAAUAAACCAGUUUUGGAACAACCGAAAAGGAAAUGUGGGGGAGAUGCAAAAAAAAAAAAAAGCAUUAAAAAUAAUUGAGAGGUUAGAAUGUCUAUUUAAGGAAAGGCUACAAAAAGGUGAAGCUAGUUCUGAUAUUCUGAUAAUUCACUUUCAGUGAUAUAGGUAAUAGGCACCUGACUGAAGAUGCAGACAAAGAGAAAGGGCAUCUUAUAACAGCAGGAGGGGAAUGUGUUGAUCCCAAGGAGAAAGAUACUGAGACCAUCACAGAAAGUCUAACUUGGUGCAAAGACUCUGAAGCAACUGUAUCUUUCCUGGCUCCUCUGUGUCGCAAAGCUGUUCCUGAAGGAUGGGAAAGGAUAAUAAAGCAAAGGCAGUCUGGCAAAACAAAAGGAAGAUAUGACAUCUAUUUUGUCAGGUACAGUAGUGCUGAUUGUAAAUCUUGACAUUGUACAUCUUAUGUCAUCCAAAUGAUAUUUUGGUGCACUGAGAGCCAUUCUGUCAUAAUUAUGUUUAUAAUAGGGAGAAGUGUAAAUAUACUUUUUAUGUUUAAGCUUGUUGAAGUGUUAACUAAAGAAAGGAAGAAAUUAUGUGGUAUUGCUGUUGUUUUCUGACAGAACUCUCACGGCUUUGACAAUAACCUGACAUUCAGAAAUUUGGCAGAUGCAAUUUUCUGUACUGUUUCAUCUACAUAUCCAGGGGUGAAUGGUCUAUCAAGAAAAAAGCGGCUGUGACCCACCAACAGCAGCAGCCCCCACAACACAGCAGCCCCCUCCAUUCCUCCUUCUUAACCACAGUUUGAGCCCCCUCUUUCUCCCCAUCUCCUGCAUUAUAAUCACUCUUUGCUUCUCAUCCGACUCAAAGUCUGCAUUGUUGUAACCUGCCCCUGCCCCCAUAGCUCUCCAGAAGCAGAGGGCAUUGGACAGCUUUUUUCCAAAGAAUAAUAGUGUUCAGCUGAGCAACAACUUCAAAUCCUCCUGAUAGCCUUCCUUAUGAUUAGAAACACAUAUGCAGUCAGGACACAGUUUUGUGUUCCCCUUUAGUACUCCAACCAAGCGUCAUGCUGAUGGAUUCUAUGCUAUAUAAAACAUCUGUGUUUAUAAUAUUUACAAAUACUAAGUUCGUGUUCAUUUAAAAUAUUUGUAUCUCAUCUUUCUGCUGCAAUUCCCAAGGCAGCUGUACUUGCACCACUGUUUAACUGUAAAUGCAUUUAUAACAGCUUACAAAUAGUUUCAGUAUUGGAGCUUCAACUCUCUGAUCUUCCAAAAUAUAUAUUUAUUUGAAAAAUGUAUAGUCUGUCUUUCCACAAUAUAAUCUACAGGGUGGCUACAGUUGACAACUUGUAUCCAACCCGUUCCAUGUGAGAGUGGAAUAAAAGUACACUCCUACAAUGGGACUUCACCAUCCUCUCUUUCUCCCUGCUGACCCCCCUGCAUGCCCUCAGAACCUACUCUGACCCUCCAGAGCUGAUUUUGGGGGUGCGGUUGCUGCAGGGGGGAGAAGAAGCAGGUGAAGUCCUGUUGUGCAACAUUGCGUUCCACUCAACAUUGCCCUUUGACUGCUUUUUACAUGAUGGUCUUUUUCCCUUUUAGUCCCCAAGGAGUGAAGGUCCGAUCCAGACGUGCACUUUUGGAGUACUUUAAAAAGAACAGAGAGACUGUUCUUAAAUCAGAGGACUUUGAUUUUUCUGUCUCUGUUCGGGACAGUAUUCAAUCAAGCACAAGGGCUCUGGGGUCAGAAGGACAGAACUGUAUCACUAGCAACCAGACUCUAGAUCUUGGACCGCAAAGCAGUGAAGAAAAGCAAAAUAAGAUUUUGGAAUUUCAAACCAGUGCUGGUGAGCCAGAUUUGCAGGAUGGGCCCACUGCAGAGGACCCCUCAAAGGAUUCCUGUUUCAAAGCCCAAGAGAGGAGUGCUGCUCAGAGGACAACCCAGAUUAAGAAAGCUAAAUGCGGUUCAGAAACGGGGAAUCUGGAUGAUGCCUAUAACACAAGACAGAGGAAACGACCCCCAAAAAGUCAAAGGGCAGAAACUGUUAAAAAUCCCAGAAGAAAAAAAGAUACAUACAUUUUUAACAGUGUCCAUAAAGUGUGCCAGAGAGGCUCAAGAAAAAGGAAAACAUGCUUAAAGGACGAGCUGCUGGUUUCUGAACCAAACGUGGAGUUGCACGUUGGACCGGUAGCCGCUGUCUUGGAACACAAGUCAAGCACAGAAGUUUUAAAAUGUGAUGAGGAUCCCACCAGCGUAGUUUCUGUAGCAGCUGAUGAAAACUUUUCAGAAUUGGAAAACCAGAGAAACAGGGUGCCUUCAGGGAGCCAGGAGUUAAACAUUGCUUCCGAUAUGGAGGUUACUGACUCACAGACCAGUGAUGAGAGCUAUUUUACAUCAGUAAAAGGUAUAUUCUUCAGAGCAGAGCUCUUUUCUAAAUUUCCUGUGGAAAUAAUCACAGGCCAGUGGUACAAAUGAGCUUUUUUUGCCUCAUGCUCUGUGUUUUUGGUGUGGCUAGUAUUGUCUACCUGAGUGUGUUCACAUAAUUUUGCUGAAUGUGACCGUCUAAGCACCUCUGUCUGGUCCUUGGGACUAUCUCCAGUCUGCCAUCCCUUCUCAGUGUCCCUGCAUCCUCGAGUGCUUUUGCCUGGCUAGAAUGUUUCUCUUUUUCCUUGAACCAUAAUAAAUGCCUCUUGCUUGCCCGGAUAAGUCAGCUUAAAAUCAUGGCUCUGAAGUCAUUAACCAUAGCUCCCUGGGAAAUCAUAGUUAAUGGAAGAGUUCUUGAUUUGUUCCCACUUGCACAAAAGGUGGUAUUCUACUAACUCGUCCUAUCAGUGCUAGGAUUACUGCUAGAGUGACAGAAAUCCCCCCUCCAGUGCAUGGCUCAUGUCACAUUGCAAUUGCAGGUAUUCUUGAGCUGAUGGAACCCUGGCUUAACACUACAUUGGAUAAAGCCCAAAGAAAGGACACCACCAGAAGACUUAUUCACAUCUUUGCUUAUUAAGCUGAGAAACGAUCUUCCAAACAUAGCCAGUGUAGUUGCUGGGAUAGACUACAGUGGGCUCCCAAUCCACCACUCUUUAAUGAUAGAAGAUCCUCUGUAAGAGAAUGGCACAUACAAAGAUAGUGCAGUACUUAGUUUUAUACAAAUUCGCAAUGAAUUAUAUAUAUAUCUGCAUUUUUUUUUACUUUGCUUUUCAACAUUUUAGAGGACAAUUUUCGAAGACCUCAAGUGGAGAGAAGGAAAACCAGUCCAUAUUUUUCUAGUAAAUUCAUUCAAGGAGGUAAAAAAUGCUUUCUAUGAAAAUGCCUUGUGGGGAGUUACAAGAUUUAGCAAUAUAAUUUGCACACCAAUCCUAGCCAUAUUUAGUCAGAAGUAAAUCUAAUGUAUUUCUCACUUGGAUAGCUAAGAGUACACACAUUUACUUUGAAAUAAGCCCACUUAACUUAUUGGUACUUGCUUCCAAAUAAAAGUGCUUUAGAUUGUGAUAGAAUUUAUGUGAGGUAAGAAGAGAUUACACAGCAACUAUCCAUAAUUUUUACUCCUUUCCAUGUAGUGGGUCAGAUUAAUGGGUCAGAUUAUUACCAGCUUUUGGUUGAUAUGAGCACUUCAUAAAUGUUUGGUAUUGGGAGAGUAAAUUAAAUCUGAAUAGUAAGGUAUCCAAUCAAAAAAGCUAACUGUGAGCCUAGAAAACUAUGGUUUCUCACUAUGUAAAUAAGCCACUGUGAGACACUGCCUUGUGCGUUCUCUCUUUUUGUGCACUAGAGGCUAUCAGAAGCUUCUUCCAAUGUUAAACAAACCCUAGUUCCUCAUUACAACGAGACUUGGGAGAAUUGUAGUUGUUUAAAACUCUUGCUUCAGGACAAACUACAAUCAAACUAUGGUGACUGAUAUUGUAGAAGCAACUUUAAUAAGUGGGAUUUAAACAAACCACAAUACCCAGUAAGGAUUGCAAUCUUAGUUGGGCAAAUGAAGACGAAGGCUUACAACAUGGACAGGCAUCUCUUAGAUCUUGUUCACUGCAGCUGAUCCCACUGGGCUCUUGAAAGAGCUGUUUCUGUACCAGGCUCCUUAGAGCCAGAAGAGGCAGUCAAAACGAUCCUCUUUCUGCUUCUGUCUAGAGACACAGAUUGAUUUAAGGAAAACAAUGUAUUUAAAUAAAAGAUAGGCAAUUGAAUUUCACAUUUUGAUUCUCUCUCUGUAUAGCUCCAAGCCCACCUAGAAGGAAGGCCUUUCGGAAAUGGACUCCACCUCGUUCUCCUUUUAAUUUGGUCCAAGAAACACUCUUUCAUGAUCCAUGGAAACUUCUCAUUGCAACUAUAUUUCUGAAUAAGACCUCAGGUACAAGACUUAUGUUCUCCCCCGCCCAGCCCCUCACUUGCAAACACACCAGUGUUGAGCGGCUUUCCAGUUAUACAGUCCCACACUGCUGCUAGGGAGCAUUCAUGAAUCUCUUAUGUGGGCAGAACUGAUUACUUAAGUUUUUCCCAUGGGGGCUGGCUAGAUGGUAAAUGGCUCUGCUUGAUUCACACAUAUUCCCCAGGAAGAGAGAAAAGGGCCAAUGUUGACCUUGACCUAUGUGAAGUGGAAAAAGGGCUACUAAAAUGAUGACACCGUUUUUUGCAAGAGGGAUUCCAACACAUACUGGAACUUUGGGUUUCUGCAGUUCUGUCAUCCUAAUGCAACAAAUACAUAAAAAACCACUGUUUUGCGGUUAGGAAAACGAUGGGAAAUGCACUGAAAAGCAUGGGAUGAAAUAAUGACUAAUGGGAAGACAUGAUGGAAAUCAGUAUAAAUGUUUGUUGUGUAGCUGCCCUUUAACCAAAUCAGAAUGAAUGCUCAGUAAAUACUGCACAUAGUUUAUCUUCAUCUUAAGCUUUGCGUAAGCAAAUCAGGAUGAAUGCUCAAUAAGCAGGUUGACUAGAAUAGACCUAAAUUUUGCCAUUUGCUGAAUGUGUUAUACAAGUUUGGGAUCAUGCAUACCUUUAAAAAUUGAGAUGACGCAUCUUCUGUGUCUGUACUGAAACACAAAAUAUAUUUCUGUGCCGCGGGAGUUCUUCACACAACUCUUAAUUUUCUCCUGUAGAAGUCAUUUGAUUGUAAUGUGUAGUAAACACAUGCGUCUGUUUUGCUAUACAUACAUGUGGCCAGAAGACACGUUGGCAGCAGGAUUCAUGCCAAGUGUGGACAAUUACAUGAAGAUGCUUCUUAGUCUUGUUACUUUUAGUAGCUGUUACAUGAGAUUAGACGUUAUCUGUAUUAGCAAUUCAGCAUAUGUGCCUAUGCCAGCCUUGCAAAGAAAUUCAGUAGAAACCCUACUAUUCACUGUCUUAUAUCUGACUAGGUAAGAUGGCCAUCCCUGUGCUGUGGGAAUUUUUCAAGAAAUAUCCUUCACCUGAAAUCGCAAGAGCUGCAAACUGGAAGGAAAUGUCAGAGUUGCUUAAACCUCUUGGCCUUUAUGAACUCAGAGCAAAGACCAUCAUCAAAUUUUCAGGUAGCAACUCGUGGCAUGUAAUGUAUGUUAUAGCUUGUUUGAGAAAGAGUACAUUAUCUCAUAAAAUCCUAAUUACGGCCCUGCAGAGUAGAUCAGUGUUGUUAUCCUCAUAUUACAGAUGGGAAGCCAUGGCUGAGAGAUGGUGGUAUAUUAAAGGCCACUUAGUGAAUUCAUGACUGAGACAAGAUCUGGAGAUUUUCCAGCUGCCACUGAGCUAGAACACUAAAGGCUAUGAUCCAGUGGAAUGAGAACACACAUGCUCUGCACAUGAAACUGCAUUUCUAUUUUAUUCUUUUACUGGUAGUUUCUUUGUCCAAAGUUGUCUCUAUAUAAGCUUGGAUGUUCUUCAGAUCCAUAGAACUAACGCAAAAUAUAUUUGAGAGAUUUGGCAUUAGGAUUUAUUUAUUUUUAACAGUGCAAUCCUAUUCAGGUUUAUAUUCUGCUGUGUUGUAUGAGGCUUCCUCCUCAGUAAGUGGGCACAGACUUGUCACCUUGAAGCAACAUUUGGGAGUGGGAGGGGAAAGAUUGGAGAACAGUGGUGACAUUUCCCCUUUGAAAACCGUCCAUAUUGAAUUGCUGAACUAUCCAAGCACAGAACAUUUAAAAAAAAAAAAAAAAAGUUUUGAGAGGUUACCAAAUGAGGAAGUGGGGAAGUUGAGAAAAAAAUUAAGUCCACAUACAGCAUUUAUACAUUUCCUUUCUGCUGUAAAAAGACUGCUGAUCUUAUUGACAUCUGUGACUAUAGAGCUGCAUCUGUGACACGACAUUUUAAUGUCUUCUAUGCUGUGUCUUGCAGUUUAGAAUACUGAAACUCUAAACUUUAUCUUUUAUUUAUAGAUGUCGUUCUAGUCACUUCUGUCAGCAUCAAUGUAGCAUGCUAGUAAUAACUUGCUGCGAUUCCUUGUAGUAUCAGCCUACCAGGUGUUGUGUACCCAACACAGUGUGUCGAUUUCCAGCAGCCCUUAAUAAACUACAGUGCCCGGAAUUCUUUGAAAUAAAGAAUGUGUUUCAAAGGUGCUUUAAAGGUGUAGUGCGUACACAGCCUAAGUCACACACAGGGUAGACCCAUUGGAAUCAAGUACAUUGAUUUCACUGGGACUGUUACCAAGAGUGACAAAUGUUAGAUGUCACCCAUUUUUGUUUUUUAAAUAAGUUCUGUGUAGCUUACCUCUUAUUCAAAGAUGCAUGUUUUCAGAAAUUUUAAAGGUGAAUUUAAUGAAUCCAGUCUUGGAUAUUUUAUUGUACGUUUUUGUUUGUUUAAUCCCUAGAUGAAUACUUGGUCAAACAGUGGAGGUAUCCUAUUGAGUUGCAUGGGAUUGGAAAAUAUGGAAACGACUCUUACAGGAUCUUUUGCAUCAAUGAGUGGAAAGAGGUAACUGAUGCUGCCAUCUUCUUAAAUCAAUGAAAGAUUAAGUGUUCUGCUUUUGAUUUUUGUAAUGCCUGUUGGAUGAAUAACAUCUGAUACCCUUUUAAAUGUGUUGUGGGAGUGGAUGGAUGGGGUUAUUGGUUGUUUGUUGUUGUUCUUUUUAUUAUGUAUUUUGUGGUUUUUAUCUCAUAUUUUUAUGUUGUGAACUGCCUUGGGAUCUAUGGAUGAAGGGCAGUAUACAAAUUUAAUAAAUAAAUAAAAAUAUAUAAUGGAAUGGCCAAGGCCCUAAAAUAAGAAGCCCUUAAUUGUGUGGUACAAGACCUACGAUGAGGGCAGGCCCUUUCUCCUUUAUUUGUUUUUAAUUAAAUGAUUUUUCAUCCACCAAACAAAGCCUCCUGGAGCAGCUUAACAGAGAUCAAUAAGAAGACACUACUCUCAAGCCUGCAGCCUAAGAGACAGGACAUAAAAGGAAAAGCAAUUGGGAGGGAGGAGGGGAAAAGCAAACCCAGGCACUAGCUCUAGGUUACCGUGUUCUAUAGCAAAAAGCAGUCACAAAAAAGAGAGAAGAGCCAAAAGUUGCUGAUCUGUCAGCCAACGAUCGUCCUCUGGUGUAACGGCUGCUGCCAGGCGGCAGUUGUUGGAAGGAGGAGCCUGACAGAGCUUGCCUCUCCGCAAAGCUGAGGUGGCUCUGCUUCCCUUCAGUCCCUCGCAUGUAAAUGAGCAUGAACCAGAACUGCACAAAGCAACUGGGUACAGCUCUGUGAUCUGCUAUGAAGCAAUAGUCUCAGAACCAGCAUUGGGAUGGGGUGGGUGUGCAGAGUCCCAUGUUUCCUUCCUGCAAUGUAGCACUGCCAUUUGGUUGCGCCCAUGCCUUGCAGAAGAUGCAGCAAUAAGCUCUGCAGAAGAAUUUGUAGGCAUCAGAAUAGAGGAGAAAGCUGGACUAUCUUCAACCCUUCACCGCGAAGAUUCCGAGUUGCCUUUUAUUGUAGUAGCAAACACAAUUGCAGCGUGAGCAUACAGUGGUACCUCUGGAUGCGAAUGGCAUCCAUUCCGGAGCCCCGUUCGCAUCCAGAAGCGAAUGCAACACGUGUCUGUGCGGGUUGCGAUUUGCCGCUUCUGCGCAUGCGCGUGAUGUCAUUUUGACCGCAUGCAUGAGCGGCGAAACCCGGAAGUAACGCGCUCCAUUACUUCUGGGUCGCCGCAGCGCACAACCCAAAAAUACUUAUCCCGAAGCUACUUCAACUCGAGGUAUGACUGUAUUCCUGUUGACCCAAAAGUAAGCCCAAAGCUGUUCAGUGGGACUUAUUUCCAAGUAAAUGUACUUGAAAUUAUGGUAAUAAGCCAAAGAAUGGUUUCCAUUUGUGUGCUUGAGACUCUGAGCUUAAUACAAUUUUUGUAUUUCUUAAUUAAAAUGGUUAACAUGCUGAUUCUUUUUCAGGUACAGCCACAAGACCAUAAACUGAAUGUAUAUCAUGCCUGGCUGCGGGAAAAUCAUGAUAAAUUGAAUAUUAAUUAAUGUAUAGCUCUGUGUAGGUACACUAUCUACUGGGCGGUUUUUUAAUAUCAAACUCUUUCAAUCAUCCCUCUUGGUUACUAUAAAUGUAAACAUUUUAAUAUAUAUAUAUUGUAUAUUAGACACUGUGUAUUAAAUUUCAGCAUUGGUUUAUGUACAUAAUCCUGUUCACACCUUUUGUAAUUAAAGUUGACUAAGACUUGUGUUAAUAUUAAGUGACACUUUCUAAAUUGUUCAGUCCUUCAACACUGCAAAUACUGUACCAAACAACCAUGAAGCUUACUUAAUAUUACUAGAAUGCAACAUAAUUGCAGAAUAAUCCUCCAAUUUAUUCUAUGGUAGAUGCAGUUCUGUAUUGUAUUUACUGAAGUCCCUAUAGCAUAUAAUAUUAGAUUGUUACAAAUUCAAGAUAUAGGAACUUCUCUAAACAUCACCAACUAAGUCAUAAUUGGAGUAGACCCACUGAAAUAAAUGGAGCUAAGUUUAAGUGUAAAUGGAUUUUCACUAGCUGGGGUAAGCCAUGGUUUUAUGUCUACCCAUUUAACCAUAAGAAAUAAAUUCAACUGAUUCU